AUGCAAUCCUCUCAACAAUUCCUCAUGGUUGUGGCUCGCAAUAGCAGCAUUAGCACCAGCAUUAGCAUUAGCGGCAGCAACGCUUCUAGACCCUUGGCAUGUGCCCUGUUCUCCACCAUGGAUCUGUCACCCGCCAUUGACACGACCAUCAAGCCAAAGUACUUUGUCCCCCGUGCCGAACGGGGCGAACGUCCGGCCUUUCCCGUCGAACCGGGAUCCAAUGGACGUCUCAAAAAGAUUGGACGUACCUGUCCCACGCGGGAAUUGAAUUACACGGCCGAGAACUGGCAAGCCCACAAGUCUCCCUACCGUCGGUUCCGACACGUCCUGGGGACUCUCAAAUCGAGUCCCUUUCGUCGAUUGGCCAUGCCCGAACUGACCACGACUGCGACCAUUGCGGCCUGUCUGGCCUAUUACAAUGAGAUUAUUGCCGUCGAUCCUGCCUUGCAUUUGCAUUUGGACUCGGGGGCGAUGGCGGGAGGAACCACUGCCAUUGGUCUCUUGGCAGCCUUUCGUCUCAAUGCCUCCUAUGGACGCUACGACGAAGGCCGCAAGUUUUGGGGAGAAAUCAACAAUGCGGCCCGUGAUUUGGGUGGCAAUGCCUGCAUGUGGAUUUCCGACCAAGGUGAAACCCAACGCAUGCUCAAACUCAUCAAGGCCUUUCCCAUUGUCACCCAGUGGCAUUUGAACGAAAAGGGUGGCCACUUUCAAAUGAAGCGCAAGGACCCUGAUUUCAAGGAACAAAAGUUGGCCAACUACGUUGCCGAACUACGAGAAAUUUACCAAAACGAUCAAGAUCAAGACUUUAUUGACAUUGUCAAUACCUACGAAAAGGGUGGACAUGUUCCACUCACUGUCUCGGCCGGUAUGCGCCGCAUCAUUGCGGACAACCACAGCCCGGAAUCUGCUCCCUACAACAAGGAAAUGGACGAACAAGUCCGACGCAUUGUCAUGUGUCUUGGACAAGCGGAACGUGUGUUGAGAACUCCUCUCCCAACCUGCUUUACAAGACACACCUCUCGUCUCUUGUUCUUUUGGUCCAACCUUUUGCCCUUUACCAUGUACGCGGCCUGUGGACCCAUUGCCACCAUUCCAGCAUCGGUGGCAGUCUCCUACGCAAUCAUGGGAAUUGCCGAUGUCGGUGUCCAAUUGGAAGAACCCUUUAACAUUCUUCCUCUUCGCCAAUAUUCGGAAGGUAUCUUUGAUGGUAUCAACGCCAUUGAAGCUGGUUUCAACAAUAUGGAUGGUGGUCGACCAGCAGCACCUGCCAUUACUAGUUCUUAA